AUGAAGAUGAAUAAAAACAGAUUUUCCAGUUUUAUUUAUGUAAAACACAUAGCUGUCUUUGAAAUCAGCAUCGGGAUCAUUGCCAACAUAGUUCUGCUUCUCUUUCAAGUUCUCACAUUUCUUCUGGAGCGCAAGGUCAAACCCACUGAUCUGACCAUUGGUCACUUGGCCUUUAUCCACCUAGUGAUGCUGCUGACUGUGACUUUCAUAGCCAUAGACGAUUUUGGUUAUCAGGUUUUGGGAGAUUAUAUCACAUGUACAUCUGUUAUCUAUUUAAACAGGUUGACUCGGGAACUCUCAAUCUCUAACACCUGCUUGCUGAGUGUCCUCCAGGCCAUCACCCUCAGCCCCAGAAGUUCCUGUUUGGCAAAGUUCAAACAGAAAUCUCUACAUCAGAACCUGCUUUGCUUUCUCUUUCUAUGGGUCUUCAAUAGUAUCAAUAGUACUCGGAUCUUAAUCUCCACUGUUGCCACUCCCAAUGUGACCUCACCUAGUUUUAUGUUCCUUACUAAAUCCUGCUCUCUUUUUCCCAUUAGGUCCUUCCUCAAAUAUAUAUUUUUGUCACUAGUAGCUUUCAACUACAUGACCUGUAUAGGUCUCAUUUCACUUUCAAGUGGGUACAUGGUGAUUCUCUUGUGCAGGCAUAAAAGACAGUCCCAACAUCUUCACAGGACCAGCUUAUCUCCAAAAGUAUCCCCAGAACAAAGGGCCACCAAGACCAUUUUGUUGCUCAUGAGUUUCUUUAUCAUUUUUUAUAGUUUGGACUGUAUUAUCCGGCCCACAUCUUCAAUUGUGUGGAGCAAUGACCCAAUUCACAAUUGGGUGUUAAUGCUGGUUGGCAAUAGUUAUGCCACAAUCAGUUCUUUGUUGCUCACCAGUAGUGAAAGAAGAAUGACCAAGUGCUUCAUAUUCGUGUUGAGGAGGGACGGUAAAUGA